CUGUUUAGCCACGCCUCAGAUCUGUACAGAUGUUUAGCAAUCUUUAAAAAAGGGCAAUACAUUGCGUCAGACAAAAAUAGCAAAGCUUUCAAAAUUGAAACGCAAAUAAGUUAACACAGAGAGUACUGAUACUCAUUCAUAAAGAGCCGGGAUUUAGGACCGACAAAAAAGAGCUUCCACGUGCGACAAAAUGAUUUUUUGUUUUAGUAUUAAGAAUAUUGUGGCUAGCGCCAUAAAAUCUUGCAAUUACCAAUACCGCCAUGCGAGAACUUUUCGAGGAGGACAGUCUACAUUCAGUGCUGUCCAGCUGAAAGGUCGUAGCUUUCUGACUCUAAAAGAUUUUAAUUCAGAGGAAAUCAAGCACCUCUUAUGGACAGCAGCAGACCUGAAGCACAGAUUAAAAAACAAAGGACAGUUUCUUCCGUUGCUUCAGGGCAAGUCCAUUGCCAUGAUUUUUGAGAAGAGGAGCACCAGGACAAGAAUAUCCACAGAGACAGGCUUUGCGCUGCUGGGAGGGCACCCCUGCUUCCUCACCACACAAGACAUUCAUCUGGGAACCAACGAGAGUACCGCUGACACAGCAAGAGUGUUGUCUGGACUGACUGACCUGAUCCUAGCCCGAGUUUACAGCCAGUCCACGAUCGACGAGCUGGCCAAAGAGGCUUCUGUCCCGGUAAUCAACGGGCUGUCCGACCUGUACCACCCCAUCCAGAUCCUAGCAGACUUCCUCACCCUUCAGGAGCACUAUGGGUAUUUAAAUGGAUUGACAUUGUCAUGGAUUGGUGACGGUAACAACGUGUUACACUCAUUUAUGAUGGCGGCUGCGAAACUUGGCAUCCAUCUUAGAAUUGCUACCCCAAAGGGAUAUGAGCCUGAUGCUAGUGUAACCAGAGAAGCUGAGAAAUUGUCAAAAGAGUGUGGUACCAAAUUGUUCCUUACCAACAAUCCCGUGGAAGCUGCUCGUGGGAGCAAUGUGUUGGUGACUGAUACUUGGAUAAGUAUGGGCCAAGAGGAGGAGAAGAAACAGAAACUGAAGGAUUUCCAUGGUUACCAAAUUACCAUGCAGACUGGAAAGGUGGCUGCCCCAAACUGGACAUUCUUGCACUGCCUGCCCCGCAAACAGGAGGAAGUAGAUGAUGAGGUCUUCUACUCCCAGCGCUCUCUGGUCUUCCCAGAAGCAGAGAACAGGAAGUGGACGAUCAUGGGCCUGAUGGUCUCCCUGCUAACUGAGUACACACCUCAGACACCAAAACCCAAGUUCUGAUCCAUGGAGAAGAGAGAACAAUAGUUCAUUACAACAGAAUCUUCUGGAUGAUGUGUUCCAAAACAUCAUAGCCUUUACCUUGUGAUUUAAAGUAAUUGUAGCUAACAAUAUCACAACAGAAAUCUUAGCAAUUUUGCAUUUCCAUCAGCUACAUAGGUCUCAGAUGUGCAGUUUUAAAGGAAACACGUGUUAUUUGAAUUUUCAAAUAGGAGAUCUUGUAAUACUUGAGGUUAAAGGAAGCUCUAUUUGUUCUUCCUGGGUCAUUUCACUGACUGAAAGCAUGUUAGUCAAUAAGGGAAGCAGCUGAUUGGUUAUUGGAAGGAAAGGAGUGGAGACAAUUCCGCUCUCCAGGUCAAAUUACCCAGGAAACACAGUCAGAAAGCAUGGCUUCCAAACAGGUUUACUUUAACUUAGUGUAACAGUACAUUUGAGACCCAUACGAUGAAUCUAUGUGCAUGGCAGAUACGUUUUAGUUUGUUUUUGAAAAAAAAAAAAAACUCCCUCUGAACCCUUUUUAUCCCCAUUUUAAGAUGUGAUUUUUUACUACAAAGAUCACAUUUUGUAAUUCAAAUUUUGACAUUUCUAGUGUGCCCGGUUACUGUAGCAAGAAUGUAUUAAAUUAGUUUUGCAUAUUUACCUCAUGAAACAUCUUUCGGUAACUAUGCCUCUGCCCAUGCAUCUUCCACUGCUCAGUUCUCAACUUUUCAGAUGGCUUCUUCAUAUUGUAUGUGUUCUGGAAACUCCUGAGGAAAAAUAUAAUGAUACCGUUCAGUUUGAUUUGUGACAAUUGCAGGCUUGGACCAAAAAAAAUAAAUAAAUAAAUACUCUCUUGUGUUCGUAAUACUCACAUUGCUGAUACCUCAGAUAUUUAGGUAUGGCUUCUUUGCAGGUUAUAUUACCAUUGCGUGCAUUAUCUGGGAAAAAUCCUUUCCGCUAUCAAGUCGGAUUAUUCUUUGGCAAUAUCAGUGAUACCAAGCACAUGCUCUGAUAUAGUGUAUUCACAUUUGGUUCUGUAUUCUAAGGUUCUCUCAAUGUUUUAGUGCUGGUGCUGUCAAGAACAAAAUAAAAAAUCCUUUCACUGCCAUGUUGUUUAACAAGUGUGUUCUAUUAGUGGAGAAAUAGGUCAAGUGUGAGAUAGGUAGCUAAGGCAGCACUGACAAGGCUGAAGUUUUAAAAUGAUUACUGCCAAGCAGUACUUCAGUGAUUUAGGGGUUGGAAAUACUAUGAAGCCUGUUCUCUAGACUGGCUGUAGUGAAAGCACAGUACCCGUUACAAAAUCAUCUACUUUCGUCCCUCUGUCUACAGCUGUCAGAUCUCCCUUCUUGACUGGAAAUCAUUUGCAACAUACUGGGAGGUGUAGUAUACAUAAAAAUCUUAGUUGAUUGUACAUUGACCCUUUCAGUGGGAUUAGCUUUCCUUGUGUAAAUAUAAAUGACACCAAUUAAAUGUUUGGAUUGUGAAAAAUAAAUGAAAGGCUGUUUAGAAUUCACAGACGGUGAUAGAGAUGCACACCUGCUGUGGGGUAGUGAGGCAGACUGAAUCAGGUUGUUUACACAGGAGUACAAGACCUCUCUAAUAUCAGCUUAUUGCUUCUUGCCAAGUGAAAGACUGCAGUUUAUCAGAUUAAAGCUGCAGAACUGAGCUACCAGUGCACAAAAUCCUGUAACAAUUUCUCUAAGCAGGUAACAUGUUAUAUAAGUGUACUGUACUCUUGAAAUUAUCCCUUAAUAGAGACUGCCCUGCAUACAAGGGAGAUUAUGUAUACAUGCUUAUGAGAAAAAUAAGUAUCAGUCAUCAGCUACUAUUCAUGGUGGUUAGAUACUGUCACAGGACUUGCAUAGACAAACACUUUAAAACAAGCAGUGACAUGACUGAAGCUGCUACCAUAAACAGUAUGCAGAAUAAGUUAACUAGUGACAAGCACAUUCAAUGAAAAAUCUGAUUUACAUUUUUUUUAACAGAUUUCAAAUGUAGUGGCCAGUCGUGUUAAUGGUUGAUGGAUGAUAUGCUUUGAAUCUUAAAACUCUUAUUGGAACAGGGUUUAAUAAAGAAGAACAUUACGGUCAACGGUUGAUGAUCUCAAAACUUUGUCGAGUUGGUUCUUAAAGGAUCCUGGUAAUUGAGCAUCAAUAACAUGGCUAGGUAAUCCAUUCCAAAGCUAUGUCGUGCUAGGUUUGAAGACAUGUCUCCACACCCUACGUACGUCACCACUUAACUGUGUUCUCUGAUCCUGGUUUCUGUGCUGUUAUUAAAGUAUUGGUUAAGGUUAACUUUGUCAAUUCCUUUUAAGAUUUUAAAGGCUUCAAUCAAGCCCUGCCUUUCUUCUUUGUUCUACUAGAUUCAAUUAUUUUUUGGGGAGGUUAAUUAAAGGAGCUCAUACAUCCACCAGAGUUGUUUCUCACUAGUUCUGUAACAUUUGCAGUUUGUUUUUCUUUUUACAAAAAACUAUGAAAAUUUAGCACAGUGGUAAAUGCUUUGAAUAUGCUCUGUACUGUUUUACUAACACUGACAUAGAACCACUUCCAUUUUGACAAAAUAAACACAUUUAAACA